AAACUGCUUUAAUUUUUUUUUUUUGUGGGUGAAAAAAACUGCUUCAAGAUUGGGUGUUAAAUAUUUGUGGAAAAUAGCAGGCAACAUGACCUAACAUACAAACCUCACGAAGCAUAAUCUGUUGUAUUAUCUGAUGUUUUCAAACAGCACCUACUAGUUCAUCAAAAUCCUCCUUAUUCCCUUUCUAUUUUGCUUCUUCUUCUUCUUCUUCCACUCCAUAGGAAAAAAGGAAGAAGCCACCAUGGGCUCACAAACUGACAAGUUAAGCAUGUUUUUCCUACCAUUCGUUACAGCAGGGCAUUUGAUUCCCAUGGUAGACGAAGCCAGAGUCUUUGCCAUGCACGGUGUCGAUGUUAUCAUCAUUCUCACACAAGCCAACGCAGCCCUGUUUCAGAAAAACAUUGACCGUGAUUUCGUCGCGGGUCACAAUAUCAGAAUCCACACCCUUCGAUUCCCAUCAGCCGAAGUUGGUCUUCCUGAUGGUAUUGAAAGCUUAAACACCAUCACUUCGAUGGAAAUGGUUGCUGCUCUAUUCCAAGGUCUGCAAGUGUUGCAAAAACCAAUUGAGCAACUACUUUACGACCAGCUGCCUGACUGUAUCGUUGCCGACAUGUUCUUUCCAUGGACUCUUGAUGUGGCAAAUCAACUGGGGAUUCCUAGGCUAGCUUUCCGUGGCACUAGCUAUUUUUCACUCUGUGCAGAGUAUUGUGUCAGGGUUCAUGAACCUCACAAAUCUGCAGACUCCGGCGUCGUUUCUCUUACCGGUUUUCCUCAUAAGAUCGAGAUGCUGAUCUCCCAAUUACCAGAUUGGUCUAGAACCACCACGCAAUUCACCGCUAUGAUGGACAUUAUGAGAGAGACCGAAGAAAAAAGUUAUGGGGUGCUCAUGAAUAGCUUUCAGGAGCUCGAGAAGGAUUACAAGGAGUACUUUAAGACCACCAUGGGACUCAAGACAUGGAGUAUCGGACCGGUUUCCUUAUGGGUGAACCGGAAUGUUUCGGACAAAGUUGGGAGGUUUAACAUUGAAGGAAUGGAUGGGCACGAAGUUAUCGAUUGGCUGAAUUCUAAAGAACAUAACUCCGUUCUGUUGUGGUUCUCUGAC